CUAACUAACGUCAGCGAACAUUUAACGUAAAACUGCUGUAGUUUUGAGUGUGUUUAUGUGUAACUUUAGUCACCACCAUGUCACACUGACGGUUCAUUUGAGCUCAAAUGUGAGCGUGUAUUCAUGACUUAAACUGGUCUAGUAAAUCACAUUUAAACGGCUUUGUUAAGCUUUAGGUUUGCUGUCGUUCUUCCAGUUAACGUUAAGUCGACUGACAUCUAACUAAGCUAACUAGUAACUGUUAGCUAGCAAGUAACCAGUUAACGUAAGAGCCUAGCUUCACGUCACCUGUUGCUUUACGUUUACUGAGUUCACUUUCAUGUAAAAGCCAUGGUAACGCGGCCGUUUGUUUUCGAUUGUGUCGGUUUGUUUCCGUUUGUAGUGGUGAUGGACUGGUGGACACAGCUGAUAGCUAGGAGGUUAUCACGGUGGCUAACUCCUCUGCUAAUGCUAGUUUGCAACUUGAACUCACGCACGACACCGCGUUAUUAUUAUUAAACCACCCCAUUAUAAGGUUAUUAAAGUUAGUGACGCGUGCUCCGCUAAAUUGUAAAGCAUAUUUCCGAUUUAACUACCGAUUUUCUACCCAGGGAGUUUGCUUUGUCAGCUGUCGUUUUUCAGCUCCCUCUGUCACGUGUUCCUGGUGAUAAGAAAGGCUGUCAGACUGAAAUAGCAGCUGGUGCUGGUUCUACACUCUCCAGCUGUGGUCAUGAAUUAGACGGUUUCCACAAGCUUAAAUCCUAAAGGAAGUUAUGCACUGGCCAUUGUAGUGGAUGCAUGCAUCAGGAACACAAUUGUGGAUUAAAACAUUGUUUUGUUAGGUUACCCCCCUAAACAGUAAUACAUUAGGUAAACUAUUCAAAUAGCUGCUAUAUCAAUCAUCAGGAAAUUUGCUAUUUUUGUAGUUAUUCACAUGAUCAAGUAAAGGCACCAUGUAUUUCUUUUUAAUCAUGAUAUUUUGCUCCUUUUCACAUCGUUGUAGUGAUUGCAAAUGUUUUGUGACUGUUAGUCAAACACUUAAAGCUACUUGGGGCUCUGGUAACUUGUGAUAUGUUGUUAUUUAUUACAUUUUACACAAAAUUAUUUAUUAAUGAAUAUCAUAAUCAAAUAAUGAUUGAAUAAAACAACUGUUAGUUGCGCUCGUUGUAGUAAAUUAUGGCAAACAAGUGCUUAGAAAUAGAAAUUAUUUCGGUUCAGAAUGUUUUUGUAACUCUAUAUGAAGUUCAGUCAAAGUGGGUCAAUGAUAGUGCAGCUUUGUCCCGGUCUGACCAGUCUUCGCGGACAGGCAAGCAAAAAAACGGAAGAGUGUAUGUGAUUAGAUCCCCCCUCUCUAUUCUCCAUUGUUUUCUGUAGUGUUUGCUGACAGAAAACUGGACUAAGGGACAAAAAUAGUCCCACUGAGAGCGACAGGAGUGAGUCUCCCUUUUUGGCUUCUGUUCAUCCUCUAGAGGGCAUCCUGUACCUUGCAUGCAGAGUGUCCUCACCACACUAUGGUGCUGCCUGAAGAGAUGGUGUAGGCAUUUAAGAACACACAAUCAAUGAAAGCACUAGGUCAAGCACAGGGGGGCGCCUUGUUGUUUUGUUUGUGUAUACUUGUCCACAAUGCAUACAUCAGCUAUACGCUGUUAGUGUUGGUUAUUAGCCAAAGAGCCUUAAAGGACAAUGUAACACUAAAAAUAUGCACAGUAUACACAGAACAACUGCGGCGGCGGCUGUGGCUCAAGAGGUAAAGCAGGUCGUCGAUCCCUGGCUCCUCCGGUCGAUGCGUCGUAGUGUCCUUGGCCAAGAUACUGAACCAGGCUGUGCUAUGUGUGUGUGUGUGUCUGUGAAUGAGCACUAGUUUACAUCCUGAGCUGGCUGACUCCUUGUAGGGCAGCCUCUUGCAUCAGUGUAUGAGAAGUCUGUAUGAAUGGGAGAAUGUUGGCAUACUAACUCAUAUCAAUUUAGAACCAUGUCAUGUCAAUGACUCAUCCUCUCUUUAAUUAGAGCAUUAAUGGAUAGUACGUCGUGUUGUGCAUACCAUAUAGUACAUGUAAUACCAGGACAACAAAGCCUUAAAACAUAAAGAUGUUACCAUCGUCACUGCUGCUGUCUGUGUGAGUAGGUGUCCCAGCACACACACACACACACACACCUUUGCCUUUGAGUUUCUGGACUGUGAUUAUAUUACACACAUUGCAUACUGUCGCAGGGUCAGAGCAGAGGUCAGUGCAAGCUGCAUACUAUUCCACAUCUGGACGGUCACGUUGGGUCUCUCACACGAAGUAAAGCUCAGGAGAAGUAUUCUGAAUUUUAUUUGAGGGUAUUUCUGAUGUUGGGCCUGCAUCCUGUUGUUGUUGCUUCACCUUCAGCAUGUUUUCCUAGUGUCCCACCAGCUCAGCAUUAAUGGAGCAGACAUUUGAGUUCAGCACAAAAUUGAUUUUUUACGGGUUUUGUUGAAUGCUUGAAUGCUCAGUUUGUGUUGGUCACCCUGUGCUGUACGUAAAAAAAGAAAUCCUGCCUAUUCCACAUGCUUGCUUUGCUCCUGAUUACAACACAUACACACGGUGCACACACAGUGCACACAAAGACAAUAUUCUGUUUGGGGAAAUGGAAACAAAUCUUCUCUGUAAACAUCUCUGGGCUACGUUCCUGAACGUAUCCCCGGUUCUAUGCAAGAGGGAGAGAGAAAACAUCGCUUGUUUGUUUCUAUACUUUGCUUCCCAAACAUCACUCUUUGUUUGUGCCCUUGAGGCAAAUCUGUAGUGUCAAACUCAGGGAGCAGAAAGAUUGUUAGCCUGCGUUUCAUUUUCAGUUUAUAAAUGUUAAGUCAAUUAAACUCAAAAUGUAGGCCCCGCAGAACGGCUCCGUCCAGCUGAAUCGCUCUCUCUCAUUCGCCCUCCCUCGCAUCGUCCCUCCCUCUGAGUUAAUGGGGUUGUGUGGCUUGGCAAGAUUGCUCUUUUUAGGAUCUGUGUUGAAUAUGAAGGAGACUGAGUGUGACACACACACACACACACACACACACACACACAGACACAGACAUGUCUUGUUAGCUACCCUCACAUUCUCUGGCAAAGCCAGUUUGUUCCAGUUUUAUAAUGAGGAGAUGGGGACUUUUGAAGCUAUGCCAAUACACCAAAGAGGAUACUGGAACACACACACACCCAAGUACACACACACCGAUCUGGUCUCCAUUUUCUUUUAUUCCCUCAUAUUUAAAAGGAAAGGCCACUUCUACUUUAGCACCAACUUUACGAAGAUGCAAACCACUAAAACCUUAUUUAGCAAACUCUAAAAACAAGUCAACCGUGUACUGCACAUGGUUUAGUUUGUACCAUGCUCCGUGGGAUACAGCUUUCUAGAUUGACUCAAGCUGAAGUGAAGUAUAAGGAGACCAUUGGUGCUUAGUUCAUACUGUUACUUUAAUGUACAAUACCAAAGAACAGAGCUGUGUUGAGUGUACAAGCGCGGGAUCCAUAAAGCAAAUCACAACACAGUAGUAAACAGUCAGAUAUCCAGUCAGUGUUGAAGCGCUCAACAAACAACAUGGCGUGGUUUUGCCGAAGGUAGCAGGGCUCUCAAUAAAGAAUCAAUAGUGCUGCAUCAUCAUUCUCCACUGGAGCAUCAUCGCUCCACCUACACUUUUGUUAUUACACUUAAAUGAACUCACGGGGGACUCGUGGACCGGCACUGGCCAGCAAGUGACCUGAUAAUCAGGCAUCAAAAUAGGUUCCUAACUCUUCUUCAGGCGAGUAUUUCUCACUUCCUUUGUCAUUUUAUUCUUUUUCUUCUCUUCUACAUAUCAUCCCCUCUUAAUCUCUAACCCCUUACAGUCUGUGUUUUUAAGCCAAGUUGUUUCCAGGUUAACUUUCUGUCAUCAGUUUUUGCACCCUCAGUGUCCUUUGCCCCAUUCCUCUUCAGGUUUCUUUGUGUUAUGGUGGUCUAGGUACCUACCUACAAUUAUUCUAGCUCUCUGUCCUCUUUUCCAUUCACUUUCUCCCUCUCUCCCCCUCUCCCCUCCCCCUUCUCUCUCCCUCUCCCUCUCUCUUCUUUUGAAAGCGCUGGCUUCAGCAGUCUGCCUGAAACGAGCUACGCAUGCCCACACAUACACUGGCUGCUGCGGCCCCCCCGUCCACGCUAAUCACAGGGUCUCUCUGUGUGUGUGUGUGUGUUCCUGGCUGCAGCACAGCAGUGAGGAUAUGUAGCUUCCUGCUCGCUGCUAGGCAGCCCAAGCUCAUUCUGCCGCAUGCCGCCUACCGCCACCAUUACGCAGAGGAAUUCCCUGCUGUCUGCGCUGCCGCUGCACACAGAGAGUGUUGGCUAGAGAGGAGAGAGGAGACAUGCAGCAAAGCGACACUGACAGAUAGAGGACACAGCUGGAUCUCACAUUGGAUUUUACAUGAAGAUGUGCAGCGUUGUUUUGACGAGGAAAUUGCUCUUGUUUAUGGGAUUUGUUGCUGACCUUUGUCCCCCUGAAUUGCGCAUGUAUGUGAGAGGGAACACUGUGUAUUCAUGUGUGUAUGCGUGUGAGAGAGAGAGCGUGUGUGUGUGAGUGUUCCUGAUGCGGUCAGAACGGGCAAGUCGUGUGUGUAUCGUGGUGCUGGAGGAGGUGGAGGAGGAUGAGCCCUCCUCUUCACCUCCACCUCCCCGGCCCAAAUCAUCCCCAGGCCACAGAUCCCAUCAUGCCUCUCGAAGGGCUGCCGCUCAGGAGGACAAGCCGUCUCUGUUAAGAGCCAUCUUCAACGUCGACCCGGAUGAAGUUCGCUCCCUCGUAUUCAAGAAAGAGGAUGUCAACAUUCAGGACAAUGAGAAGAGGACGCCUUUGCAUGCUGCAGCCUACCUGGGAGACGCUGAGAUCAUUGAGCUGCUCGUCCUCUCAGGAGCCAGAGUUAAUGCCAAAGACAACAAGUGGUUGACUCCUCUUCACCGAGCUGUCGCCUCUUGUAGUGAGGACGCAGUGGCAGUGUUGCUGAAGCACAGUGCAGAUGUUAACGCCCGGGACAAGAACUGGCAGACGCCGCUCCACGUGGCAGCGAGCAACAAGGCGGUGCGCUGCGCCGAGGCUCUGGUCCCGCUGCUCAGCAACGUCAAUGUGUCUGACCGGGCGGGACGCACUGCCCUGCACCACGCUGCCUUCAGCGGACACGUAGAGAUGGCGAAGUUGCUGCUGUCCAGAGGAGCCAACAUUAAUGCAUUUGACAAGAAGGACAGGAGAGCCAUUCACUGGGCAGCCUACAUGGGUCACCUGGAGGUGGUGAAGUUAUUGGUGGCCAGUGGAGCAGAGGUUGACUGUAAGGACAAAAAAGCGUACACUCCGCUCCAUGCAGCCGCCUCCAGUGGCAUGAGCAGCACAGUGCACUACCUGCUAGGCCUGGGGGUCCACGUCAACGAGGUGAACGGCUAUGGCAACACGCCGCUCCAUUUGGCCUGUUACAAUGGACAGGAUGUGGUGGUCAGUGAGCUCAUCGAGGCGGGGGCCAACGUCAACCAGGUGAAUGAGAGGGGGUUUUCUCCUCUCCACUUUGCCUCCUCCUCACGCCAGGGGGCGCUGUGCCAGGAGCUGCUGUUGGCCCACGGAGCUCACAUCAACAUGCGGAGUAAGGAUGAUAAAACCCCGCUCCACAUGGCAGCUACCCACGGAAGGUUCUCCUGCUCUCAGGCGCUCAUUCAAAAUGGAGCCGAGAUUGAUUGUGAGGACAAGAGCAGAAACACUGCCCUUCACAUCUCUGCCCGCUGUGGCCAUGAGCUCAUCAUCACAGCACUCAUCAAACACGAAGCCGACACCGCCAAGAGAGGCAUUCACGGGAUGUUCCCUCUACACCUGGCAGCUCUUAGCGGCUUCUCGGAUUGCUGCAGGAAGCUGCUGUCCUCAGGGUUUGACAUGGACACCCCUGAUGACUUUGGAAGGACCUGUCUACAUGCUGCUGCAGCUGGAGGGAACCUGGAGUGUCUGAACCUGCUGUUGAACAUUGGAGCGGACUUUAACAGGAAAGACAACUUUGGAAGGACUCCACUACACUAUGCAUCAGCCAACUGUAACUACCACUGUGUGUUUGCCUUGGUGGGCUCUGGGGCAAGCAUCAAUGAGCUGGACCAGAGAGGCUGCAGCCCCCUGCACUAUGCCGCUGCAGCCGACACUGAUGGAAAGUGUGUGGAGUACCUGUUGAGGAACGAUGCCGAUCCAGGAACGAGAGACAAACAGGGUUACAGUGCUGUGCACUAUGCCUCAGCUUAUGGACGCACACUCUGCCUGGAACUGAUGGCAAGUGAGACACCUCUUGAUGUGUUAAUGGAGACAUCAGGAGCAGACAUCAUGAGUGACUCAGAGAGCCAGGCCCCCGUCAGUCCACUCCACCUGGCGGCUUACCAUGGACACUGUGGAGCUUUAGAGGUUCUCUUGUCGUCCUUGCUGGAAGUGGAUGUUUGCAACCUGGAGGGCCGAACCCCCCUCAGCCUGGCCUGCUCCAAGGGUCACCAGGAGUGUGUCUCCAUGCUCCUGCACCACGGCUCCUCACCCAUGACCCGUGACUAUACACACAAAAAGACAGCCAUACAUGCUGCAGGUAUACAUACAGCUGUGUGUGUGUGUGCCGUAGCUAUGAAUGGCCACCCAGAGUGCCUGCGCCUGCUCAUGAGCACCAACGACCAACACAUUAAUGUGGAUGUACAAGACACCAAUGGACAGACUCCUCUGAUGUUGGCGGUGCUGAAUGGACACACAGAGUGUGUGUACUCUCUACUCAGUCAAGGAGCCAGUGUCGACAAUCAGGACCGCUGGGGGAGGACGGCACUCCACCGAGGGGCGGUGACGGGCCAGGAGGAGAGUGUCGAGGCUCUGCUCCAGCGUGGGGCCAGCGUGUGCGUCAGAGACAUCCUGGGCCGCUCCCCUGUUCACCUGGCAUCCGCCUGUGGCCGUGUGGGGGUCCUGGGGGCCCUCCUGCAGGCCACCACCAGCACCACCUCACACACUCACCUCACUGACAACCAGGGCUACACACCACUGCACUGGGCCUGCUACAACGGAUAUGAUGCCUGCGUGGAGGUGUUGUUGGACCAAGAGGUGUUCAAGAAGAUUAAGGGCAACUCCUUCAGUCCACUGCACUGUGCUGUUAUGAGCGAUAAUGAGGGCGUGGCUGAGAUGCUAAUUGACUCCCUGGGCACAGCUAUCGUCAACACCACUGACUCCAAGGGCAGGACCCCCCUCCACGCUGCAGCUUUUUCCGACCACGUGGAGUGCGUUUCCCUUCUGCUGAGCCAGGGAGCUCAGGCAAACGUAGUUGACACACACAUAUGCAGCACACCGCUGAUGAUGGCGGCUCUAAACGGACAGACCAAUACUGUGGAGAUGUUGGUGAGCAGUGCAAAAGCAGACUUCACACUACAGGACACAAACAGGAACACAGCAUUACAUCUGGCUUGCAGCAAGGUCGCUCUCUGUUCCUGUGAGGGUCAUGAGACGAGUGCCUUGUUGAUUCUGGAGAAGAUCAGCGAUAAGAACCUCGUCAACUGCACCAACACUGCUCUCCAGACGCCCCUGCAUGUAGCAGCCAAGAAGGGACUGACGGUGGUGGUCCAGGAGCUGCUGAGGAAAGGAGCCAGUGUGUUAGCAGUGGACGAGAACGGCUACACUCCUGCUCUGGCCUGCGCUCCCAACCGUGAUGUGGCCGACUGUCUGGCACUCAUCCUCAACUCCAUGAUGCCCACCUCCCCUAUGGUCACCAUAGCAGCUUUGUCUGCACCCUCUCUAACUCAGACAGUCAUCAACCACCACCCCACCAACAACCACGUCUCCAAAGGCGUGGCCUUCGACACCCCUCCCUCUCUGAGGCCUGACCAUGUUUCCUACUGCAGACCGGAGCGGCCGCCGACGUCCGUCAUUGGGGAUGAUGAACUGAAUGACUCAGACUCAGAAACAUACUGAGGACAUAUACCUGCUAUUGGACAGAGCCCCACAAUACUGACAAGCUAGCCAGCCACUCAGGAGCCUUAAUAGAUCACUGACAAGGAACUGCAGAUUAUUUUUAGGUAAGCUUAAAUCUAAAAAUAAACUUUGUUCGAAAACACGUUUCCUCAAGGUGCAUACCUACGGGGUGAAAAAUAAUGUACUAAAAGAUAGAAUAUAUUUACACUAUGUUUAUCUCAGACACCAUCACUGUAUGGUCAGUAACAUGGCCAGUGUCUUUUUAAUUUCCAAGCAAUGUUAUUUUCCUUUUUUAAAUUAAGUACCUAGUCUUUGCUGAUACUUUGGAGUAGUUUUAAGCCUUUUCAUGGUUUUUCCUUCAACUAACACUAGAAGAGCAUCUACUGGAGAAACGCUCACAGGACAUUUUUUGGCACGAUUGUCUAAAUAAGAAACAGAGGACGAUCUUAUGGGACCAGGAGAUUGAUUACUGUUUUCCCUACUGUACUUGAGUUUUUAAUUCAUGGCAGACACUGAUGGCUGUCACUCUCACACAUUGCUAAUGUGUUAACCACUUUUUAAUUCCUUGGAGAGGAAGUCCUGAUUUAAUCCUAUAAAUGUAUUCCAAGUGGAGGCUGAACCCACGGGGACUGAUUAGGACAGCAGGUGGCUGUCAGACCCAUUUACCUUGUGAUUGGUCCAGGAGUCAUUUGAUAGAUGACCCCAAUGAGCUGCUUUAAGGAACUUUUAACUUGCAAUGCUGUAACUACUCAAUGCCUGUGUACUGUACAGGAGACUGGGGAAAGUGACUGACACUGUGUGUGUAUGUGUGUGUGCGCGUGUGUGUGGAGAGAGAGAGAGAAAUUGAUAAAUAUUGCCUUUUUUAGGAAAAAGCAACUUUCAGGCAGAGGAUGAAUGCCACUGGUGAUGUUUGUAAAGAUUAAGUAAUGAACAAAUAAAAGGAUUUGUUUUUCA